UUCUUCCCCAAGAAAUUUCCUCUCAAUUUCUUUUUCCUCAAGAAAUUACAUUUUGUAAUUCUCAUUUCUUCUCUACAGAAAGCCCCCCAGAAAAUUUUAUUAGGGUUUCUAUCUCACAGAUGGAAACAUCGAAUUCCAAUUCUGAUGCUGCUCAUGCCAGUCCUUCCGCUUCCAAUUCCACGCCAUCAUCUCCCAGGGAUUCUAAUUCAGCUCCUUCCAGAAGGUACGGCGUCCAAUUCCCUCCUCCGCUCCGGUUUUUCCACUCCCCAGUCUCUUCCUUGCUGGAAUAUUCCGGUUUGAUUAGGCUCCGACCCGACCAUUCCGAAGCGGAGCACCUCAUUAUUGACCAUCACGAUACUAGUAAUAGCAAUGGCAGCAUCAGCGCAAACGGUCCCGUUCCGGUCUUAUCAACGACUGCUCUAAGAAGUGGCAGUAAUGCUAGUAUUGCUACCUCCAGUAAUGGGGAGGUAUCGAUACGGAUAAUUGGGCCUGGGGAUGGGGAUCGGGUCGGAUUAGUAGCUGACGCUGAUGGUGAUGAGGAGUCUCUUGGGUUGGGGUCGACUUCGGCGUCGGUGGAUGGAAGCAGUCAAGAUAGAAGCUUGGGUGCUGGGGCAGGAGCGGCGGCGGUGGAUACCGGGGGCGAAGGAAAUUCGACCAAUGGAAGCAGUAGAGGGGAGUCUUCGUAUCAGAGGUAUGAUAUUCAGCAGUUUGGACGAUGGAUUGAGCAGAUUCUGCCAUUCUCUUUGUUGUUAUUGAUCGUUUUCAUUCGCCAGCACUUGCAAGGUUUUUUUGUCACAAUUUGGAUCACCGCUUUCAUGUUCAAGUCAAAUGACAUUCUGCGGAAGCAGACAGCUCUGAAGGCUGAGAGAAAGAUGUUCGUCCUUGUCACUUAUUUCGUGGUCUUUAUACUUCACGCGUUUGGGAUCUACUGGUGGUAUAGGAAUGAUGAUCUUUACUACCCAUUAUUCAUGGUCCCUCCAAAGUCAAUCCCACCUUUUUGGCACGCAAUUUUCAUCAUCCUUGUCAAUGAUACAAUGGUGAGGCAGAUAGCUAUGGCCUUGAAGCUGGUGCUACUGAUGUAUUACAAGAAUGGCAGGGGCCAUAAUUUCCGAAGACAGGGUCAAAUGCUAACUUUGGUUGAAUACACAUUGUUGCUAUACCGUGCAUUAUUACCGACUCCUGUAUGGUAUAGAUUCUUCUUAAACAAGGAAUAUGGAAGUCUUUUUUCAUCACUGACAACAGGGUUGUAUCUAACAUUUAAACUUACAUCUAUUGUUGAGAAGGUUCAAUCCUUUUUGGCAGCCUUGAAAGCACUAUCCAAAAAAGAAAUUCAUUAUGGAUCUUAUGCUACAUCAGAACAGGUAAAUGCUGCAGGUGACUUGUGUGCUAUAUGCCAGGAGAAGAUGCAUGCCCCAAUUUUAUUGCGUUGUAAACACAUCUUCUGCGAAGAUUGCGUUUCAGAAUGGUUUGAAAGAGAGAGAACUUGCCCGUUGUGCAGGGCAUUGGUUAGACCAGCUGAUUUACGAUCAUUCGGUGAUGGUUCAACAAGCUUGUUCAUCCAAAUGUUUUGAAGUUUUUAUACCUUCCUAGAAAAACUCUCUCCUACAGUGGCAUUUCACUGAAGUAUCUUCUUAUAAAGUAAAAACACUGCCUCAUUCUUGGGUUGCCUGUUGCCUCGUUGUGCUAAAGACGAUGCACGAGGUAGAUAAGGUCCGAUCCAAGACCUGGACAGAUGGAAGGCUAAAUUGCCGUACAGAUGUUUAUUCACUCUCAAAAAGUUGAGCAAAAGUAAAUGUAAAGUUUGAUGCCUCUCUCCCCCAACCAAAUGAAAUCCCUAUACAACCCCCAAAAUCACAGGCGGGAGUGAAAGAGCAUAUCCUUUUCUUUAUCUGCAAUUAGAUGAUUACAUCAUUCGAUCUUCUGGGCAGUUUAUCUGGUGUUAUGCCUGUAUAGGGUGAUAACAUUGUCGAUAAGACACAGCCAAAAUUCUGGGACCCUUGUAUUCGACAUCAAUGUUUCUUUAGAAAUAUGCUUAAAUCGCCAUAAUUCUGUCUACUGAUAUUUCAUUAUCUGAUUGGCAAUGUACAAGUUUAAG